AUGGCAUUGUGUGCACGUGCAGGUGGUAUAUUUGAAAAGGACGCGAUUGUCGAGUACAUUGCGCAGAAUAGUCAGGAUCCUCUGAACGGGGAGUUUCUGUCCGAGGAAGAUUUAUUAGAAGUCCAGACUCCUCGCAUAGUACCAGCGAAACCAGCGACCUCAAACUCGAUCCCGUCGUUACUACAGACCUUCCAGAGCGAGUACGACGCGCUCGCGCUCGAGUCUUUCGAGCUGAAAAAGCAGAUUCUCGAGACAAAGAAAGAACUCAGCUCGACGCUGUACUAUCACGACGCGGCCGUCAAGGUUGCGGCGAAACUCACGGCGGAGCGGGAUGAGGCCCGCGCGGCGAUUCAGAGGGCAAAGGCGAAUGGGAAUGGGUCUGCUUGA